AUGAACUCUUGUGCUUUCUUUGAGAGACAGCUAUGGCGAAGUGACAAGUGCAAACAUUGCUUUCAAACAGAGUCCCAACAUUCAUUGGUCAGGACUUCAUCACAAGAUGUCUUGUAUCAUAAGCAACAACAACAACAACAACAACAUUCACAACAAACUGUUUCAUUAAAGUCACCAACAUCAUCAUCAUCAACCAACAACAAUAACAACAACAAUACACCAACCAAACCAACCAAGAGCACAAUAUUCUCAAGUCCAAGUGGAUAUGGUUACAACAAUAAUAACAACAAUAGUGGUACAUCAUCAUCAGUUGUCAGUGCCACAUUCAUUCCAUCGGUUGACAAGGCACCUCUAUCGAUUAGAAGAACAUUGACACCUGCAGCCAUUGAAACAUUCAGCAAGCGUAUAUCACAGUCUCCACCAACAUCCCCUCCAAACAACGCAAACAAGAACAAAACAACGCCUAGACAGUCACCUCUGAGGACCAUUUCCUCCUCAACAUUAACAUCAUCAUCGUCAUCAAACACCACUGUACAAGUACAAUCACCAUCAUCAAAGACACCAACCAAGUAUGCAACUAUCACCACUCCGCCUGGUGCCGGAUCACCAAGGUUAGAGUCAAGCAGUGGAAGCGUGGCCAUAUCCACGCCAAACUCAAAGUCAUCAACUACUACCACGACUACUACUCCGCCACUUCAAUCAACACCUGGCUCCCAACAACAAAAGCAACAGCAACAGCAACAGCAGGUCAUCACCACGAUUGACUUGAAUGAACCAGACAAUGUAUCAACCAAGCCAUCACCGAGCAGACAGAGAAGAUCACACUCUGCCGACACUUCAAACAACAAGGUCAUUCCUCCAGUGACCAACACACCGACCAGACCCAAGGGCAGCACAAUGUCCUUCUUCUCACCAUCUGGCGCAUCAACAUCAUCACCUUCCAUUCCAAUCUACCAACAGAAGCAUGUAAGGGAUAACUCAUUCAUUUCCCCGAGCAGCUCUCCAAUGCGAUUCCACAGCCACAGCAACCUGGCCAAUCACCACCAUAACAACAACAUCAAUGUCAGCAACAACAAUAUCAACAACAUCCACAGCAGUGGUGGACUUGGCGCGCCGUCCCCAACACAGUCACCUCGACUACUACCUAGCGUCGCCAAGGGAAUCAUCAAGCUCAGGAAGAACACUGAUCUGAAAAAGAGUGCCAAUCGCUCACUGAAACGACGUAACCUGGCCAAGCUCACAGACACCAACAACGAGUCGUUCAAACUGUUUGGCGCCAUCCAGUCCAUACUGGUCGCACUGCCAGGUGUCAACCACAACGCAGUAAUGAGCAUCAUGGACAUAUUGUACAAUCAGAACCUUAACAUUGACUUCCACACACACGUGAAUGACUCGUGCAGCGAGGGCCUGGCGACGGCCAUCCAGACGCUCAACACGUGGUCCGAGGCUCAAGACUAUGUGCGAGACAUCAUCACGGUGCAGAGCUGUGUCAGACGCUUCCUUGCCAAGCGUCGAACACAAUGGCUGGCAGAAGUGUACACUGGCUCCAUGUUGCGCGAGCGCAACAUUGCAUUCCGCCACAUGAUCCAAGAGGAGCGCAGAUACAUUGACAACCUGGACAUCAUGUUGCACUACUAUCAUCGACCACUCAAGAUGGCCGGACUCAUCAGCGACGAGGACUUCAAGUCGAUAUUCUUCUCGGUGGAGGAGAUCUUCACAGUGCAUCAGCGUGUGCUCUCACAGUUUGAGCAGUUGAACAACAAGUGGCCAUGCGUCGAGGGUCUUGGCGACAUCUUUCUGCGCAUUGCCCCAGAGUUCAAGGUCUAUGGCAACUAUGUCAAGAACUUCAAGAAUGCCAUUGACACUCUGGAUCGCUGCAGGAAUGACAAUCCAAAGUUUGCACAAUUCAUAGUGGACUGUUGUGACAACACUCCACAGAGAGUAUAUGAUCUGAUGGCAUUGAUUGCCACUCCAUUGAAUCAUUUGUCAAUGUACCAGAGGCAACUAUUUGUGAUUGCUCAACAUACACCAAACAACUGGCCCGAUCACAACAAUAUCAACAACUCUGUGAUCAUGAUGAAGGAGAUUGAACAGUUGAUCCAGGACAAUCUGGCACAGGCACAGAAUGCUGCCACCCUGAUCAAUAUUUAUAGAAAGAUGAACAACAAGAAGGCUCUCGAUCCUUGGGUGAUACCUGGUAGGAUAUACCUACACGAAGGCAAACUGACCAAGUUUGAAAUGAAGAAGCAGGACCAAGUAUACUACUAUUACCUCUGCAAUGAUGUCAUAAUCUUUUGCAAGAAGAGCCAGAGAGAUCUACUCAAACUCAAGAAUAUCUUUUACCUGUCAGAGGUUGUAGUAUCCGAUCAAUCAGACAGUGCCAACUACAAGAACAUUAUAUCAAUAUCAAAGAAGAGUGGAGAGUCAUACUUCUUCCAGGUGGAUGACAAUGAUGAGAAGAAGGCUCUGUUGAAACUGUUUGGUGAGCUAUGCACAACUACUGUCAACAAGAAGUUGUUUGGUAUCUCAUUGUUGGAGUUGGCACAGAGAGAGUCUUCCAAUGUACUGGUGCCUGCAUUUAUAAUCAAGACAUGUAAUGCAAUGCUGAACCACUUGAGCACAGAAGGUCUAUUCAGAGUGUCGCCCAAUCAACAUGAGGUCGAUCAGUUCAAGGAGGCACUGAACAAGUGCUCACUGGCAAACAUGGACGCACUAUUUGCCAAACAUGGACCACAUCAUCUUGCUGCGGUGUUUAAGAACUUCUUCAGAGACAUGAUACCUCCACUGUUGACACAUGAGUUGUUUGAUACAAUCGUUGAGAUUGGCGAUCGAGAGUGUGACGCCAAGGAGAAGAUACCUUCAAUACGUGCGAUGUUGGCCAACCUGCCACCAUGCAAUCAGGCCACCAUGCAAGUUCUGCUCCUGUUGCUAUGUUGUGUCGGACAGAGUAGCGAUAAGAACAAGAUGUCCUACUCCAACUUGGCCAUUGUGUUUGGACCCAACCUCGUGAAGCCCGCCCAUCAAACCAUUGAGACAUCACUCAAGAUCCCACUGAUCAACAAUGUGAUCACUCUCAUGCUGGAUCAUUACCAGUUGAUCUACAAAGUCAGCAGUACAUUCUCAGAGUUUGGAUGGGGACUUAGGAACCUAAAGCAUAACUCAUCACACUCUGGCAAGUACUCCAUUGCACUUCUCACCGAGAGAUUGUCUGGACUUCACUUCUUUUCCAAUGAUCCAAACUUUCGUUUCGAAAAGUAUCAGCACAUAUCAUUCUGGGUCAAUGUUGGUGAUUAUACUGAUGUACCAAUUGAUAUUAUAUUGACUAAACGCGAUCAGUCAUUGAGUGAGAAGUCAUUGACUUUGUUGCAGGCGGUGAAUGAAGCUGGCCACUCAAACUUGACCAGGAUACCAGCCAACAAGUGGAUCAAUGUAGUGAUUCCGGUGACAAGGUUUGGAAAGCAAAAGUAUGUCGGUCUGAUGAUCAAGACCAAGGAGUUCAGACCAGCCCAGGUACUGUUUGACCACAUUGAAUUGCUGCCCAGUCUUUUCUUCCAAAAGUCUGUCAUUGGUAAACGUGACAACAUGUUGUCAAAGUGCAUCAAUCAGAUCGAUGGUGACAACCGCGCCAAUGGAUACUUUGUCAAGAUGCUCGAGCCUGCCAAGCCAUUCUUUACGAUGGAUCGUCUGGACCAUGCAUUCUACACCAACCAGUCAGAGUUCUUUGGAUCGCCUGGAUCCACUGAGUGGAUGUUCAUCAAGAAGAUGGGUCGUAUCUACUUUUACAAGGACGGUAACAUUAGGGUGGCCGGACCAAUCGUACCCAAGAUACUCAACACUUCAGAGUCGAUGCCAAACAAGGGAUGGUGGGUGGAGCUCUACUUCAACCGUGUGUCACGUCCAGACAAUCCUAUGCACAUCAAGAAGGAGCUGCCACUCAGCUACUACACACCAAUGGGCAAGAUCAACACUGACUAUUGGAGCUACUACAUGCCAGUCACAUCCAAGAGCUACUUUGAGGGCAUGGGUUUGAACGAGGGACUGACUCUGCCAAUGACCGGUGUCGAGAUGGAUAUGCCAAUGAUGGUUGGUGAGGGUGCCAGUGGCAAGAACGUCGAGACUGGACUGUCGGUGUGGAUGACAUUCAACAAGCCCGCUCAAGACAAGGUGAUGAUGGAUAUCAAUGUCAACAUUGUGGACUUGCCUGCAAUCAAACGAUUCGUUCAGCCCGAAGCCUUUUGUCACAAUGGCAGUAUUGCGAUUGGUCUUCAAGUGUUCUUGGACCGCAAUGGCGAUGGACUGAAGGAUGAGGAGGAGAUGGGUGUGCCAGGCGUACUGCUCUCACUGACGGAUGAGGACGACAACCAAGUGACCGACACUAGUGGCUACUUUGUCGCGCCGAUCCACACAGACAUUGACGGCUACUUCUACUUUGACAAGAUUCCAUACGGUCGCUACAAGUUGAACUACAAGUAUGACAAUCCACUCACGAUAUCCAGGGGUAUGACGCGUAGCAUGAAGACCGUGCAGACCAAGAGUGUCAACACCAAUCAAAAGUAUCAAUUGAUCGAUGUCUAUCUGAACAACACCAACAUUCAAAAGGUGUCUCACAACUAUCCAGUUCAAUCAUGCUACAUCAUUCCAUCCUAUAAUCUAAACUUGGUAAUGGAUCCAUAG